AUCCUGUCUCGAAAAAUUUCAUUUUCUUCUGAAUUCUGAUAGCCUCAUUUCACAUUUUAAGCAAAAUAUUGUUUUUAAUAAAAGAAUAUUUAUUUUUUUCUUAUGAGGAUUUUACUUAGAAUCCUUAAUCUUUUAUUGUACCUGUAGUUACUUAAUAUGCGUCAUUAAAUGGAAUCGAAAUGGAUUGUAACGGUAAAAUAAUAAGUGCUUCGUCCCGCCCCCACUAAUUACCAACCAACUGGAUGCGACAGCUGUUCUUUUCCUCCAGAAAUCUACUAUUAGAAAAUUUCUUGUUUUUUUGAAGAUAAUCUUCUAGUCUCUCAAGUUGAUACAGGUGCUAUAGUAUCUUCAUCUUCUAGGACUAGCAUAUUCACUUAGCUGGAAUUUGUUCAGUGUGUAUAAAAUAAUGGACAACAAUAUGGCGAAUGGGGUUUCGAACGGGACUGCCACAAAUGGUAUUUACACAUUCAGGGCAACAGAAGAGCAAAGAAGUCAUGCUCAUUUAGGAAGUUUGGAUGAAUUCUGGAGAUUACACAGGAAAUCUUUGGAAGACCCUGAUGCAUUUUGGGGUGAGGCUGCUGCACCGUUUUACUGGAAAACACCUGUACCGGAAAAAAACGUUUUGAACUACAAUAUAGAUGUGCGGAAAGGAAAAAUCUUCAUUGAGUGGCUGAAGGGAGCGACCACGAAUAUUUGUUACAAUGCACUGGACAGAAAUGUGCAAAAUGGGCACGGGGAACAAAUUGCUUAUUACUGGGAGGGAAAUGAUCCUCAAGAUAAUGAUAAAAUUACUUACAGAGAGCUUCUACGGAGAGUUUGUCGUUUUGCAAAUGUCCUCAAAAGUAAAGGUGUGAAAAAGGGAGACAUGGUAGCUAUGUAUAUGCCUAUGAUUCCUGAACUUGUUGUAGCAAUGUUCGCAUGUGCCAGAAUAGGAGCUAUACAUUCUGUUGUGUUUGGAGGAUAUUCUUCUGAAUCUUUAGCUGAUAGAUUAUUGGAUGGAAAUAUUAAAGUAUUAGUUACAGCUGAUGGUGUUUUCAGAGGAGCGAAGUUGAUUCACUUGAAAAACAUCGUUGAUAGAACUGUUGAAAUAUGUAAAGAAAAGAAUCUCCAUGUUUCCGCUGUUAUAGUUGUUGAACAUCAGAUGAACUUAUUAUCUACAAAAAGAGCCUUGAGUCAAGCAAGUGAUUCUCAAAAAAACACGGUUAAUGGAUAUGAUAUUGAUGUAACCUGGAAUCCCGAUAUCAAUUUUUGGUGGCAUGAAGAAAUGGCAAAAGUAACCGAUGUUUGUGAACCUGUAUGGGUUGAUGCAGAGCAUAUACUCUUCACUCUUUAUACGAGUGGCUCAACUGGAAAACCAAAAGGAUGUGUUCACACGACUGGGGGCUAUAUGAUAUAUGGAGCUCUAACUUUUAAAUAUGUGUUCGAUUAUUUCCCAGGUGACGUCUUCUUUUGUACAGGAGACAUAGGCUGGCUUACGGGACAUACGUAUAUUGUAUAUGGUUCACUUUUAAAUACAGCAACAUGUAUUCUGUAUGAAGGCGUCCCUACCCACCCAGAUGCUGGCAGAUAUUGGGAAAUCGUCGAAAAAUACGGUGUUACUCAAUUUUACACAGCACCUACGGCGAUACGAACAUUAAUGAAAUAUGAUGAUAUCUAUGUUACCAAAUUCGAUCGCAGUUCCUUGAGAGUUCUGGCUUCAGUUGGUGAACCUAUAAAUCGAGAUGCUUGGAUGUGGUAUCAUAAAGUAGUUGGAGAAGGGCGAUGUCCAAUCGUCGACACUUACUGGCAAACAGAAACGGGAGGACAUCUAUUAACCCCGAUACCUUUCUGUACUCCUUUAAAGCCUGGAUGUGCGGCUCUCCCAUUUUUUGGAGUAGAACCUGCCAUUGUAGACGAUGAUGGAAAUGAAAUAAAAGGUCCGGGUAAAGGAAACUUGGUGAUUAAGCGGCCCUGGCCCGCUAUAAUGAGAACCAUAUACAGAGACCACGAACGAUUUGGAAAUACCUAUUUCACAAAAUUUCCAGGUUAUUACUGCACUGGGGACGGUGGCAUGAGGGAUGAAGAUGGAUUUUUUUGGGUCACAGGCAGGGUAGACGAUAUGCUUAAUGUAUCUGGUCACUUACUGUCCACUACUGAUGUCGAAGCAUCUCUCAUGGGACAUAAGAGUGUAGCUGAAAUCGCAGUUGUGCGUCAUCCUCACCCAGUCAAAGGAGAAUGCCUUUACUGUUUCGUCGUUCUGAAAGAUGGAUGUAAAUUUGAUGAACGCAUUGUUCAAGAAUUGACGCAAAAAGUUGAACAUCAGAUAGGAUCCUUUGCUCGACCGGAAUACUUCCACCAUGCGACAGCUCUGCCAAAAACAAGAUCAGGGAAAACAGUUCGCCGCAUUUUGAGGAAAAUAGCUGCAAAUGACCGAGAUCUCGGCGAUUUGAGCACUCUGCUUGAGGAAGCUGUAGUGUACGACUUGUUCAAUUCUAAAAAAUAUUUAAAUCGUAAAGUUCCUCUACGUGUUGAAAAAGUUUAGAUUUUAUUUAAACUUCCGCUAUUUUUAUUGUAAUUUCUUUUUCUUUUGUUGUGAUCUUUUAAGAUAAAGGUCUCUUCUAUAUAUUAAUGAUAAAGAUGAUAAAUUUAAGAAUUUCAUAGAACUGGUCUACAAAUUCAAGACAAUAAACAUUUGCAGCUAUGUGAGAUACAUUUUAUUUUAAAAAUGCAAUAAAAUAUUCACAAUGUAUUAAUUUAAUAGAACUUCAGUUAUUUGGAAAUUCUUCCCGAAUAAAGAUAGCAAAGCAAAUUCCAUUGACUUAUAUCUUCAAGCAGUGAUAUUUUAAAGCAAUAUCUAAGUAAAAUGUACAAAAUGUAAACAGCUUUAUUUUGGCAGUCAUUAAAUUGAUAUUAACAGAAAUUUCAUCUUUUUUAUAAGUUUUUCCCGUAUUUGAUUAUAUGGAUAAAGUCUGAUUGCAAAUGAUGCUGCUAAUUGGGACUCUAUUGUACUUACAAAUCCAGUAUCUGCUUUUUUUUACUGACUGAUCAAUAUAUGUUUUCUAAAAAAUGUUUGAUGUUUCCAAUUCCAUUUUUUUUUCAAGGCAUGCAAUUAGAAUAUCUUCUUCCACAUUUGUUUAUUCAUUUCUAUUCCAGUAAAAAGGUAAUGUACAAAGACUGUUCAAAAACAGAUAUCUAGAUAGUCAUUAUUUCCGAAGUCAACAAUAUUUGGCAAAUCGACGGUAUUGUCAGCAUGUAUCUCGACCCAUUAGCUAACGAGGGAGUGGAAUGAACGAUCAUUUAGAUAAAUCGGAGUUGUGAAAUUUUAAUUUCCACUGGCCGAAGAGAAAUUUUAAUUUUUUGAUUUGCUUUAUAAGAAUAAUAGCUUUGUACAUUGUGAUGUAGAGAGAACAAUAGCGUCAAAUAUUCAAUUUUAUAUUUUCAUUUUCUUAAUUGACACUACUUACGUAGCAAACAGAAAUGCCUUCCGAAGUAUGGUAUUACUUUGAUUUAUUUUGCUUUAAUAAGUAAUACAAAUGUCUUUAAGUUUUAUUUCAAAGACAUUUAUAUUACCCCCUCCCCUCCCACUUCCAUCGCUACUCCAUUGUUUAGACAAAGACAAUGCAACUAAAUGCCAAGAAAAGAUACUUCUAUAUAUCAAAAGUUGAAUUUCAUUUCGAUGUUAAAUGUACGAUAUAUUUAAUGUUUACUAUGCAUAAAAAUAAUUUAAAAUCCCUGACAUGUGUAUCAUAUAUAAGUUAAGUACAGGGUAGUUAUAAUUAAGCUCCCCAUAUAAACAGCAUCAUACAACGCAAACGGAUGAACGGAUUGCAACGAAAUUUGGUAUAUAAACUAUACACGAGAUGCACUCACGGAAUUUCGAAAAAAAAAAAUUACUUCAAAAUAUCUACCAGAGGACGCUUUUUCCGGAAAAACAUUAAUUUUAACACAAUAAACGACCAAAACCGAAUACAUAAACAAUAUUAACAUUUAUAGGCUAGUUUCUGGUCACCUUGUCAUCGAACCGCAUUAAGUAAAGGAAAAAAAAUAACAGUACGCUGUUUGAGAAAAAUAACAAAAAGAAAGAAAGAAAGAAAAACAGUUCAAUUUGCAGAAACAAGAACAGAUUAGGACGAAAUUGCACAAGAGGAGCAGUUGUUAAUCGUGUCCAAGAUGAUGUAGAGAAAGGUGCUCCAUGUGACCACCCUCAUCCAUCUGCAAAAUUUCAAAUCGAUGGACAGUGUGUUCAACUGCAGAUUAUAUCAGAAGCGUUAUAAUCUGCAGUUGAACACACUGUCCAUCGAUUUGAAAUUUUGCAGAUGAAUGACGGUGGUCACAUACAGCACCUUUCUCUACAUUUUCUUUAAGUCAUUCAACGUCGCAACAAGAUAUCGUCAUCAUUGCAGCUUGAAACAUCCACAGAAAACAUGAAAACAACUGCAAAAGUUUUUUACCCUAACCUGUUUUGCAUAAAGCCUCCUCUUCUACGCAAGCAUGCAAAUCUCGACAUUUUUUCCUAGAACUGACAGCUUUUUGCGGUUUUACAUUUUAUUACUCACAAUUCUUCUUCUUGAUUGUUAAUAUUGUUUCUGUAUUCCGUUUUGGUCGUUUAUUGUGUUAACUUUAAUGCUUUUCCGGAAAAGGUGCCCUCUAGUGGACAUUUUGGAACUUAAUUUUUUUUCCCCCGAAUUUCCGUGAGCGCAUCUCAUGUAUAGUCUAUACACCAAAUUAGUUUGCAAUCAGUUCAUCCGUUUGCGUUGUAGGAUGCUGUUUAUAGGGGAAGUUUAAUUAUAACCACCCUGUACAAUGUGUUUAAAUAUGUGUAUGUACUAUAAGAUUAUUGUAUGGUUUGUAAUGAAACGUUUUAGAAUUUAUAUAUAAAAACUAUGCAUAAAAUU